AUGGCCAGUUUUAACACAUUCACCCGCGUCUGUCCCGAAACUGGGGUUGUGCCUUUCCUUUUUAUAGCUGUUGCUGCUGCCCUUGACCACUGUAGGGGUGCGCUCUGCGUGGACCCAAUAAUGCCAAAACGGAAAAAUACCUACAAUCAAGAAGUCGGCGACACCAAGAAACUUAAACGAACAACUCUCCUGGCCGAAUCAGCACCAGCCAUCCCAGACAACUGGACGCAGGGUAUCUCACUGCUGAUCUACAAAGACCGUAAAGCAAAGGCCUCUUCGAAAGUCCUCGGUCUAGAUUUGGACGGCACCGUUAUUACGCCAUCAUCUGGUCGAGUCUUUCCAGUGGAUGCCAAUGAUUGGAAGCUCAUUUCACCACGGAUUCCCGAUAUUCUAAAGCGUUUUGCGGAUGAAGGCUACGCAAUUGUUAUCAUGUCUAAUCAGGGUGGUUUGGAAAAAAUGCAGGAUAAGAAGAUUCCCGAAUUCAAAACUAGGUUUGAGGCAGUAUUAAGUAAAAUCGGCGUUCCCAUCCGGGCCUAUUUUGCCAUUUCCAACGACGUCAACAGAAAGCCGCGAAUAGGCAUGUGGCAAGCGCUGGAAGCUGAUAACGAUGGCAUAGAAAUUGACAGGAAGGUCUCUAUCUACUGUGGAGAUGCUGCGGGACGAGUAGCUAAGGGCAAGAUUAAGCAGGACCACUCGCAUUGUGAUCGCUUGUUUGCCGAGAACCUGGGAGUGCUCUUCAAAACGCCGGAGGAGUUGUGGAAGGAAGGGGAGCGGGUUGACUCCACCUAUCCUCUGCUAUUUAAUCCAAAAGAGUUUCAAGAUAUCGCCUUUUCAACGUCAUCCCCUGUACCUCCCCCCUUAAAGGAUUUUCCGUCAAAGGGCGCGGUUCUCAUUCUCAUGAUUGGAUAUCCUGCUUCUGGUAAAUCGACCUUCUGCAACAACCAUCUCACUCAAUUGGGCUACGUAAUCAUAAGUAGGGACGUUCUUAAGGAUAUGAAGAAGUGUGUAGCAAGAUGUGAACAGUUGCUGAAGGCCGGAUCCUCUGUUGUUGUUGACAAUAUUAACGUGACUGCAGCAUCAAGGGAGCCCUUCCUUAAAAUCACAAAGUCUCUUGGAGUGCCGGCUUUCGCCUGCGUCAUGCAGACGAGUUUGGAUCAUUGCAGACACAACGAAAUGUUUCGACAGCUCACAGACAAGAAUCACAGCAAGAUCGGUAGCAUUGUCUUCAAUCAAAUGAAGAAGCAUUACCAAACACCGACGAAGAAUGAAGGCUUUGAGGAGAUUUUUGAUGUUCCCUUUGUUCCCGACCUCCGGUUUGAUCCCCAGCGCAGUCUGUACUUUCAGUACCUCUUGGAGAAGUGA